AUGGAUCUCAAGAAGCUGGUAAAAGCUGAUCUGUUAUUGUUAUGCGAAGAAUUGGGGGUCGAUACAGAUGGCGCACAGCGGAAGCCAUGCAUCAUAGCGCCUAUAAAGGAGUCUGGUGCCGACGAUGACGAGAUUGCAGAAUGUUGGGAGCUUGUUAAGGAACAAAAAAGUGAAAAGUCCCGUAAAAUAGAGGCCGAAGCCCAAGAGCGUCAGAGGGAGAGAGAGCUCGAGUGUAGAAGACUUGAACUAGAGAAAGAAAUUGAACUCAAGAAACUCGAGCUCGAGAUGAAACGGCUGGAGGGAAGACCGGCGUCGGAGACAGGUUGCUACGAUCGAGAUAGGAUUAAAAUGUCGAAGUUGCUGCAACCUUACAAGAUGGGGGAAGACAUUGGGUUGUUCCUAGUAAACUUUGAAAGGACCUGUGAGAAAGUUCGCAUCGCAAAGGAUUUGUGGCCGUCCCGUUUGUUGACUGUGCUCCCUUGCGAGGCCGCCGACGUCAUAGCUCGUCUUAGUGCAGAGGAUGCCGAUGAUUAUGACAAGGUUAAGGACAGUUUGCUCAGAAAGUAUCGGCUUUCCAUAGAGGCGUUUAGGCAGCGUUUUCGAGCCUCAGUGUUAGAGAAAGGACAGAGCUAUUCAGAGUUUGCGUACGGUCUGAAAGCUAAUAUGUCAGAGUGGCUAAAGAGAGCCAAAGCUUUCGGAAAUCACGACAAGGUGGUGGAAUGUUUUUAUUUGGAACAGUUUUAUCAGGGUAUUCCGGAAGAUGUGCGUUAUUGGGUUCAGGAUCGUGAAGAAUCUAAGACGCUUGAGAAGGCGGCUGAACUAGCACAGGAAUAUGCCAUGCGCAGGGAAGCACGAGGUUAUGGAAAGCUCUAUCAUGGGAGCCGUGAGUCGUUAAAAAAGGGUCCCGAAGAAAACUCCCGGUUCAGAAAAAUGAGAAUGAACAACCCAAAAGAGAUGGGUCCGAGCGAACAAAGAGAGGAGACAAUUCCAAAAACCGCAGAUGAGGGCCCCAUAAAUGGGGAAACUGAGCGGAGAGGGACGCACCGUGAGCUCGAGCGUCGACGACCGCUAGUGUGUCACCGCUGCAAAAGGCCAGGUCAUAUCGCAGCAAGGUGUAGGAACCGGGCAGUAGCGUUUUCGUAUGUUACAGAUGAUGACGAAAACUUACGGUUGCUUAGGCCAUACUUGUUUGAGUUGGAGGUAAAUGACAAGCCAUGUCGAGCCCUUCGGGACAGCGCCGCCACAAUGGAUAUAGUCCACCCAUCGUAUAUUAACCGCGAACACCUCACUGGUGAUGUAGCCUGGAUUAAGCAGGUGGUGGAGGAGGAAAGUGUGUGCCUCCCGGUCGCUGCGGUGACGAUCAACGGUCCUUUCGGAGAAAUCCGCACGGAGGCAGCGGUAUCGGAUAAUUUAUCGACUACCCGUAUUUGUUUUCAAAUCGCUCUGCGGAACUCCUGCGUGAGAGAGGCUUAA